AUGGCGAACCUUGAAUCUAUCAGCAUGCUCUCCGAGGCAGCAUACGGCUGUGAACAUCUUGCCGCUUUCAUGGAAGACGUCGAGGCUGCUGCAAAGUUCAAAGUUGCCUUCCGCAAGAUGUUUGAGUCGCUGGCUCCAUACACAAAGGUAGAGCCAGUUGCCGUUCAAACUACCGGACUGCGCACUUUAUCCUCGCUGAAGCCUAAGUAUCAUUGUGUCUCCUGUCCCGAGGUUUGCCUGAGCACAGAAAGAAAAGCACAUACCAAGAAGACGGGUCAUCUUUUCUACAUGGAGUCCCGCAAUCGUGUCCUUCAUUGCGAGAGUUGCUCGGACCUUGUGUACGAUCAUGGACUGGAAAGACUCUGUGGGCCUCAAGCUAAGUUUGAAUACGCCAAGGGUGCAUGGAUCGCCGACCCAACCUCCGAGGCUUACGUUAAGACCAAUGCUUACAAGAACCCUUGCUCUCGCCGCGGGGCUCGUGGAGUUUGGAAUAUGGGACAAACAUGUUACCAAUCUGUCAUUCUCCAGGCUUUGCUGCACGAUCAAACUCUCAAUGCCUACUUCCUUGCAGGUGGACACGAUAUCCACACAUGCGAACGAAACUUUUGCAUGGCCUGUGCCACCACUGAGGUUUUUAUGGAGUUUAACAGCGGUGAAAAGACUGAUGCCGUGUCGGCAGCCACCCUCCUCUAUCAUGGCUGGGAUGCAUCUCGGGACAUGGCCGGGUACCGUCAGCAGGAUGCCCACGAAUACUUCCAGUUCCUUGUGAAUGCCCUCCACGCGGCUACACCUGGACACUCGGAAAGCCAUGAUACCAAGUGUACAUGCUUCUUUCACCGCACCUUCUAUGGCGAGCUUCAGAGUAGUGUCAUGUGCCACAAAUGCGGCAAAACCACCCACACCUUUGACCCCAUGGCAGAUUUGAGCCUCGAUGUGCAACUCCAGAAUAAGAAGCGCAAGAUGGGACCUCGAACUAGCUCCACCCCGGCCACUUUGACUGGCUGCCUUGAUAAUUUCACAGCAGUCGAAGACCUGUCCCCAGACGCCUCUUACCACUGUGAGAAAUGUGGGAACACCCCCCAGCGGGCAUCCAAGCGUUUGCAGAUCCGCAAGCUGCCCUCCAUUCUUUGCAUGCAUCUGAAGCGCUAUGAACAUAACUCGUCUUCCUCGGAGAAGAUGCACGGCCACAUUGAUUUCCCUCUCAGCCUCAACAUGCUUCCUUACACAAUCAAGAAGGACAAGGAACGUGUCGAUACCUCACAAUACAUUUACGAUCUAUCGACCGUGGUGGUUCACCAGGGUAGCAUGGACUCUGGCCAUUACUAUGCGUACACCCGCCUGAUCGGUGACAAGUGGGUUUUGAUGGACGACAACAAGGUGACCGUUGCCAGCAUCCCCGAGGUGUUGCGACAGGAUGCCUAUCUCCUGUUCUACAGCAUCCGGUCAAUCGGUGUUGAGAGGGAAUAG